AUCUCAGAUAUCUCGGAUAUAUUUCAGAUAUUACUAUUUUGAUACCAUAUACGGGGGGAAAUCAGUGUUUGCUAAAUCAGUGGCUGUUAAGGUUGCAGGACUUCCUAAAACUAUUUUAUUAUUUAUCCACUAACAAUUUAAUUAAAUUUAGGCUGUUGCCCAAACAAUCUGGUGUCAGUACUCUCACCCUGUUGAGUCGUCUCUAUUAAGUCGUGCCAUUUGGGAUUUUACCCCUUUUUAAAGUAAUACACCACCUACUGUUUGUUUACGUUCCAAGUCUCACAAUAAGAUGUGUAGACAGUCAAAUAGCUAAGAAAUUUGAAGUAUAUCCAUUUAUUUGCUACAGUUUACCUUAAACAUUCUUUUUUCUACACAGGAACCAAAAUAGCAAUAUGGCUGGCAUUCGAGUUGGUAACAUUCCAGCCACAUUGAGUGUGCAGAAUUUGCAGUCCUAUUUUGAGUCGGUCAUUGACAGCAGAAUUGACAAGAUCUACUAUCCACUGUUGAACAAUGAUGCUGUGAUAAUAUAUCAAGAUAAACUUGCACUAGCUAAGAUCUUGAGCACAAAUGAAUUAGCCCAUGGUGCUGUUAGAUUUGACGUGAAGCCUUUACCACAUCAGGUAUUUGGUACUACCACAGUAUUGGUAGAGGACCAUGUUACAUGCUUGAUCUUAGCCACUGAUGAAUACAAAGAUUUCCUUCAAAAUGGGGUCGAAAUCCUUUCAACAAAGUCUGAUGAAUUAGCACUCAGGGGUAACUGGUAUGAAUUGGAAUGGGCUUGGAAUUAUUUGCACAGAAUUUUGGAUCAUCAGUAUCACAUUCAAGAACAUUUAGUACAUCUGUAUGUUACUUCUAAUCCAGCUACAUUGACUACCCCAGAAACUAGAAGACAAGAACGAGAUCCGGAGUCAGCAAAUGAAGCAAAUGUUUCAUCUUAUACAAGAAACCAAAUGUCUGUCGCUGAUCAUGUUGCUAGAAACAGACUGGGAUCACCAAGGAGUGGUAAUGGUUUUUCCCGAGAUGUCGUUAGUUCAGAAAGUCCUUUUCGUGCUCCAGGAGCCAGGGGUACUGACUGUGCAGACAUUGUUUCCAAGAUGAACUUGAAUCACGAUUUGGAUUUGGAAAGUUCUUUUAGAACAGUUAGUGGUUCAGGACUAUUGAGUGGAGUAGGCGAAGAUAUUUCCAAGAGGAAUUCAAAUCUUGAUGAUCAGAAAGAUGGUUUUGAUUUUGAAAGUUCUUCAAGAACAUUAAGUGGUUUAGGACUAGGGAGGCACAAUCACUCGGACAUUUUAAAUAAUUAUUAUGGAAGAUGUCAUCCUGAUAGUGAUUCAGAGACAAGUCAGCGAUUGUCCACUGCUGUUGGACACAGUUUUUCUGGUGAUACGAGGGCGAGAGUGGCAGAGGAAACUAGAGACAGGAAAACAGCUGUCAGAUUGUCUCGUUCUGAAGAUGCUGAUCACACCUUUGAAAACUUUGCUAGUUCAAGAUCUCACGAUAACAAAGAAUUACAAGAGUAUCUGAAAACUGAAGUCAGUGUUGACAGUUAUAACAUACUUUCUGACAGUGGUGAUCACCCCGCUAACAGUCUGACAAGCCAUUUGGCAGGUCUACAUGUUGGUGAUGCCCAUACUGAACCUCAUUUCAGAUCCACAUAUGAUACUGAAAUAAAAGGAAAUGAAACGUCCUCGGACAGCAGGAAAGAAAUACAGCAUUCAACAGUAUUUAAUUUCACACUCCCGAAUGGCAUGAAGAUAUCUGUUUAUGAUGAAAGCAUUAUUAAAGCAAAGGUUGAGAGUAUUGUGAAUGCUGCAAACAGUGAACUGAUGAAUUACUCCGGAGUUGCAAGAGCUAUUGAAAAAGCUGCUGGUCCGAAAAUGAAGAAAGAGUGUGAAGAUUAUAUAAUGACAAAUGGCAAACUUCCAGUGUCUCAUGUCAUGCAUACAACAACAGUUGGCAAACUGAGUCAUUUGAAAUGUAUCAUUCACACAGUGGGUCCUAUAUACAUCAAGGGAAGACAUGAUUCUUGUGUUCAGCUGUUGACAAGAACAUUUUACAAUUGUCUGGAAUAUGCUGAUGAAAAAACAAUGGUGAAGUCACUGGCAUUUCCUUUCAUUAGUACAGGUAUUUUUGGAGUUCCACUGGAAUGUUGUGUUGAAGCUUUUCUGGAUGCUCUGGUCCUGUUUACCUCUGAAAAGGGAAGAGCGCUUCAUCUAGAAAACAUCCACCUACUGAACAAUGAUGCAGAGAGCGUGUGCCUGGUCAUUGUCAUGUUGCAGCAGCUCCUGGAGAAGUCUUUUGACUUGCUACUUGCAGAAGCUUUAGAUAAAAAACAAACACCCUUGAACUCAUCAGCAUCGCUAUUACUGGAACUAAGUUCCAAUUGGAAAUCCAGAGAUGACCAGAAUUCUUCAACCGCUAGGUGGUCUUCGUCACGUUUUGGAAUGGAUGUGAACAGAGUUGGUGAUAUUCCAACUGCUGAAAUAAGCAAACAUAAAGUACGGAACAGUCCAUCACUAAGAACAGAUGACAGCGUUAACUUUCUGGAUGCAAGGAAAAACACAUACACAUUGCCUGCACAUGAUGCUCCUUUGCAUGGAAACCACUUGAGUACCUCAAGGAUGUCGGAGAAAGAUUCCCGCAAAAGUACGUCACCAGAAUAUCAACGAUCACGUUCUCGAUCCGGGUCACAACACGUCAGGACUAGAUCUCUUCAUAAAUAAAGAUUAAACAGUACCAAUCGGCCAAGACCAGCUCUGGGGUUAGCAAACCAAGUUAUAAUAAAAUAAAACUAAUGCCAAAUAUUAGAUGGAAUAAAACAACACCGUAAGAUUU